CACACAUCCCACCUCCCUUUACCCAAACUACAGUUAAGCUCCUUCAACGGAUUCUCCGCAGUGCUGAAGGAGCGGAGAGAAGUCAAGAAGGAGAAGGAGGAGGAGAGAGAAACGGGGGAGAAAAGAGAGGAGAAGAGGAGGAAACACGGGAGAGAGAGAGAGAGAGAGGUAGUGUAUCGAGUGCAAGACACAGGAGAGAGAGAGAGAGAGAGGGAGAGAGAGAGGGGGGAGAAAAGGGGAAAACUGCACAUUUUGGUGUCCAGGCUCGUCAGUGCUCACAGAUCGCUCGUCUGCUGCGCCGUCCAAGCAGCUGUCCGCUCUGCAGGAUGAGUUCGUUCAGCACGAGGGCCCUGACGCUGCUCUCGUCUGUUUUCGGGGCGUGCGGGUUGCUGUUGGUGGGCGUCGCCGUGUCGACGGAUUACUGGCUGCUGAUGGAGGAGGGGAUCGUCCUGCAGCAGAACCAGACCACCGAGGUCAAGAUGGCGCUGCACUCGGGCCUGUGGAGGGUCUGCUUCGUCGCAGGACCGGAGAAGGGCAGAUGUGUGGCCUCAGAGUAUUUCACCGAGCCUGAGAUCGAGAUCACAACAGAGAACACGGCCAACAUCCUCAAAAUGGUCCGCACCGCCACUCCCUUCCCCAUGGUCUCCCUGCUCUUCGUCUUCACCGCCUUCAUCAUCAGCAACAUCGGACACAUCCGGCCGCAGCGCACCAUCCUCGCCUUCGUUUCUGGAAUAUUCUUCAUACUCUCAGGUCUCAGUCUGGUGGUCGGUCUGGUCUUGUACAUCUCCAGCAUUAACGACGAGGUGAUGAAUCGACCCAGAGAAGCCGAGCAGUUCUUCCACUAUCACUACGGCUGGUCCUUCGCCUUUGCCGCGUCCUCCUUCCUGCUCAAAGAGGGUGCAGGAGUGAUGUCGGUCUACCUCUUCAUGAAGCGUUACGCUGAGGAGGAGCUCUACAGGCCUCACCCCGCCCUCUACCGCCCCCGCAUGUCCGACUGCAGCGACUACAGCGGCCAGUUCCUCCACCCCGACUCCUGGCCUCCACCGCAGCGAGGCCGCAGCGCCUCCGAGGUCUCCUCCGACAUCUCCAUCCAGCUCAACCAGACUCCGCCCCCGAAGCCCCCGCCCAAGGGGGGCGGCGGCAGCUCCCAGCAGACGCCCUCGUCCUCCGGGCCUUCAUCGGCGGCCAGCUACCAGCUCCAGCCGGCGUCCUCUUCCUCUACCUCCUCCUCGUACCCCCACCCCCUCCACAUGGCCGCCACCUCCACCCUAACCAGAUCGUCCCACGCCCACGCUCAGGCCCACCCCCACCCCCAUCCGAGCGGGCCCCCACCUCAGUCCAUGCCGAUGGCGGGGCCGCCCUCAGCCGUGCCUCCUCCUCGCUAUCAUGCACACAUGCGAAUGAGCGCCUCGCCAUGCUAGGCGCCAUGCGCAGGGAAAGGGGGGGGGGGGGGGGGGCACAACUGGAGGGGAUUAGAUUGGCAACACACACACACAUCCUCAAAGUGUGGGAGGAGGGAGCGGCGAGGAAAGACAAGAGGGGCGCAGGGCAGGAGAAGCAGGUGGGCGGAGGGACUCACUGCUGAUGGCGAGCUAGAGACGAAGAGCGACACUUAACCAAACUUUGAACACGCUGGAGGGGAACGCAGGGGGUGGGGGGGGGGGGGGGGCGAUGAUUAGUAGCAACAAAAACCUUUGUGGGGUUUCAUUCACCAUCAGGGCCGUGAUACACAGGAAACAGGAAACAGGAAGUUGAACCUUUUCCAUUCACAUUUUCAGAGUUCAACACGAAUAGUUUCAUUUUGUCUGUUAUGUUUUUAUUCAACAUGUUGUGU